CGUCAUCACCGCUUCUUCGCCGGGUGUCACUUCCGGUAUCAUAUCAACAACUAUGGCGAAGACGUACGACUAUUUGUUUAAACUGCUGUUAAUCGGGGACUCCGGGGUCGGAAAGACGUGCGUCCUCUUCAGGUUUUCCGAGGACGCCUUCAACUCAACGUUCAUAUCCACCAUAGGCAUUGAUUUCAAGAUCAGGACAAUAGAGCUGGAUGGCAAGAAGAUCAAAUUGCAAAUAUGGGAUACAGCCGGCCAGGAGCGCUUCCGAACAAUCACGACAGCCUACUACAGAGGAGCAAUGGGAAUCAUGCUUGUUUACGAUAUCACCAACGAGAAGUCCUUUGAGAAUAUCAAGAACUGGAUAAGGAACAUAGAAGAGCAUGCAUCGUCUGACGUCGAGAGGAUGGUUCUUGGCAAUAAAUGUGACAUCAACGACAAGCGACAGGUGUCUAAAGAGCGAGGCGAGAAGCUUGCUUUGGAGUACGGCAUCAAGUUCAUGGAGACGAGCGCCAAGGCCAACAUCAACGUGGAGACUGCCUUUUUGACACUUGCAAGGGACAUCAAAUCCAAAAUGGACACAAAAAUGGAGGGGAACACACCGCAGGGGAGCAGUCACGGAGUGAAGAUCUUAGAGCCCCGCAAAAAGUCCAGCUUCUUUCACUGUAGCCUCCUCUGAGGACCCUUUUUUUUCGAGGCCUUUCUUGGAACCCGCUCUGCCCAAAUAGACUUACUUUGCCGUGAGCACUUCCUCUCAUUUUCCGCUUCUCGCUACUCAUCCUCGUGGACUUUUUUCCUCCCUCCCGGAGAACUCUUUCUCCUCUUCUUCUCCUCCUCUGAGAGCUUCCAGUGGUGCAUCUGUUUCAUUUGUCUGAGAUUCUUAGUGGAUCACAGCACAGACUAUCCACGUCCGCACAAAAGGCAGGCUCGGACUGAUGUUUGUUUUCUUGCUUGUCUCGUCAUGCAUCGCAGGUGCUAGCACAAUUAUUGGAGGGUUGCUUCCUGACGACUUUGGGAGGGGAAUCAUACAAAUGUGAUUCUUUCAAUUAUCUUUCCUAGCGCUUCCCCGUUGUACCCCCCCUUUUUUUUUUUUU